AACUAUUUUCAUCACCAAAAAACUCUCUUUAUCUAUUUUCUCUUCAUUUUGGUCUAAACCCUCAAUUAUAUUUGCUUUGAAUAUAUUUAACAUGGAGGGUUUAAGCAUUAUGAAAUACCAAUAUUUUUCUUUUGCUUUGUUGUUGUUGUUAUUGGCGACAUGCAAAGCACAACUCUCUUCAACUUUUUACGACAAUACUUGCCCGAACGCACUUUCUACUAUCCAAACUUCAAUCAACGCCGCCAUCUCACAAGAAACUCGUAUGGCCGCUUCUCUCAUUCGUCUUCACUUUCACGAUUGCUUUGUUCAGGGAUGUGAUGCAUCAAUUUUACUUGAGAGUACAGAUACAAUCACAAGUGAAAAGUCAGCUCCACAAAAUAGUAACUCAAUAAGAGGUGAAAAUGUUAUUGAAGAUGCAAAAACACAAGUGGAGAGCAUAUGUCCUGGAGUUGUAUCUUGUGCUGAUAUUCUUGCUGUUGCAGCUAGAGAUGCAUCUGUUGCUGUGGGUGGUCCAUCUUGGACAGUGAUGUUAGGGAGAAGAGAUUCUACUACGGCAAACUUGGCCGCAGCCAAUAGUGAUCUUCCACGUUUUACAGAUACCCUUCGAGAAUUGAUUGGAAAUUUUUCUAACAAAAAUCUCAAUGCUAGAGACAUGGUUGCUCUUUCAGGUUCUCAUACAAUUGGACAAGCUCAAUGCUUUACAUUCCGUGAAAGGAUAUACAAUGCAACUGAUAUUGAUGCAGCCUUUGCAAGCAAUCUUAGAAAUGGAUGCCCUCAAACAAGUCCCAAUGGAAAUUCAAAUUUGGCACCACUUGAUACCCUUACACCAAAUUCAUUUGACAACAAUUACUUCACUAAUUUGGUUGACCAAAAGGGUCUUCUAGCUUCAGACCAAAUCCUUUUCAGUGGUGGAGAAACUGACUCUAUUGUUACUGAGUAUACUAACUCUGCUUCCACUUUUAACUCUGAUUUUGCCUCAGCUAUGGUUAAAAUGGGAAAUAUUGAACCUACUACUGGCUCAGCUGGUCAGAUUAGGAGGAUCUGUAGUGCUGUUAACUCAUCAUGAAUGAUGAAUUAAUUACUUGUAUGUUAUGCUUUUGAUGAAAUUAAUUACUAUAUUUGUAAGCUUAUAGUAAUUGGUUAGCCAACUUUUUAUUACGUACAAAUUAGUUCUAUUAUAUAUAGUUAAUUAUUUGUAAUAAUAAAAGCACAAACGAUGUAACGUUUCGUGAUCAAUGCAUUAUUAUGAUUUA